AAAGAAUCGAUAAGCUAUUGUAUAAAAAUGAUAAACAGGGAGAUAUACAACCAUUGUAGUGUUAGGUCUCGUGCAGUGAGUGGCGAUCAUAUGAUGCACAGAAUGAUUCUGUUGGUGGUUGGGUUGCUGGGGCUCGCGAGUGUGGGAAGUGCGCAAAUAGUGCAACUAGGACAAUGUAGCUCAAUAAGUUCGAUGCAAGACUUCGUUUUGAACUCGUUUAUCGGACCAUGGUACGAAAUUGGCAAGUCGUCGGCGUCGAAUGCCGACUGUUCCAGCCUGGCGUUCACCGUCGGCGCCGACAAUGCCAUCUCUUACUCCAACCCGUCGGUGGUGAACAACUUCCUGCAGACCUCUACUGGCACGGCCACUCUUACUGCUGGCACGGCCCAGUUUACCAUAACGUUGACUGAUCCUACCACCCAAUUUAACUUCUGGGUGCUCGGAUCUGACUAUAAUAACCACGCCAUUGCCAUACACUGUAUUGAUCUUAGCACAACACAACGAGAAUUAAUCAUUUGGCAACUGGGCCGAGCAGUCAACUCGUAUGACACCCCAGCAACUUUGGCUGCGGCCAAUACCCUGCUCGCUCCCCUCGAUCUCAGCGUGAGCGACCUGACAGCCAUCGACCAUUCUACGACAGCCUGCACUCAGCUGCCCGUGAUCGGGGCAAACCAGCCUGUGAUACUGGAUGGACUGUGUAACACUGCUUCCAUACCAGUCGUACAAAAUUUUGACGUAACCCGCUUCACAGGCGUAUGGCACGAGACUUCGAGUUACUAUUCCGCUAACGCAGUUGGAACUUGCGCAAGGGCCGAAUACACGCUAGUAGGAACGACAAUCAACGUCGUUAACAGCCAAGUACUCAACCAGCGACUGGAAACAGUUACUGGAACUGCAACACUCAUCGGCACCGACCAAUCUGGAAGACUAAGCGUGAAUUUGAAUGUAGCAGGAGCGCAAGUUAAUCAAGAACUGCUAAUCCUGGAAACUGACUACACCACCUUCGCUGUAUCGUAUACUUGUGUUGAUAUAUCAACAACCCAGAGACAAGUGUUCGCUUGGAUCUUAAGCAGAGAUCAACAAUUGGCCGCCGAUUCACAAAUUGAAGUCAACAGAGUGAUCGCCUCUCUUCUCGAUUUGAACACCGCGUAUUUCCAAGCCUCCGACCAGAGUGUGAAUGGCUGUUUCUACUUCCCCGUUCACCAAUCAGGACAGCGUGUGGUUUUUCCUGGCACUUGUGAUGACGCCAUCGCUGCCGUUCCCAACUUUAACCUGGCCACGUUCACCGGCACAUGGCAUGAAGUAGAAGCCUAUCCAAAAGAGGAACAGACCGGAACCUGCGUCAACCACGUAUUUAGCACAGGCAUUGGCAACACCCUGAAUUUGGUGACUAACCAGGUUGUUGAUCGAACAUUAACUUCGUCUACUGGCAACGUUAUGUUGGUCUCUACUGAUGGAAGUGGUAGACUCGUACUCACUAUGGUUGCUGGCGGACAAAUUAUCGAAUCCCCUUACUGGAUCCUGGCUACGGAUUACGAGAACUACGCUUUGGCCUACAGUUGUGUUGAUCUGGAUACUGCUAUUGCAAGUAGAGCAGUGUACAGUUGGAAACUGAGCAGGAACCAAAUCCUGUCACAGGCCUCGGCCGAUCUUAUCACAACCGCUAUGAAUCAAGUUCAAGUAUUGGAUCAACAGUACUUUGAAACUAUUGACCAAUCUGCUGAUGGGUGCUUCGUUUACCCCGAUAUCCCUGCUGGCAAUCCUGUCAUUCUAGAAGGAGAGUGUGGAACUGUUACGCCAGUGGCAAACUUCCAAGCUACGCAAUUCAACGGAACAUGGUACGAGAUUGCCCGGUUUGCCUCUGCUCGCCAGAGCGGCAACUGUGCCGCAAGCCAGUUCGAGUCCACUACUGAGAAUACCCUCACGUUGACCCAGACCAUAGUCUACAACGAGCGACUGAUUACAGUGUCAGGCACUGCCACUGUGGCUGCUGACGGCAGUGGAACCUUGAUUGCUACUCUUAGCGAUGGAGCUGGCCUUUCCUACACAACGACCUUCUAUAUCUUGGAUACCGACUACAAUGAAUAUGCUUUGCUGUAUGGCUGCGAAAACGUUCAAGGCACUAACAAUAGACAAAUCUACAGUUGGAAACUCAGCAGAUCGCAAUUAGGCUUCUCGCAGGCUGCCAAUGAAAGAAUAUCUCAAGUGAUCACCGACACCUUAGACCUUUUAGAAAGUUAUUACCAGACUACUGGUCAAACUAAUUCGGACUGCUUCUAUUACCCGGUCUUUGAAGGGACCCCUGAGGCUAUUGUUUUGCCUGGCGCCUGCCCCGUUGUCACCGGUGUGACCGGUUUCAACCCUACUAAUUACCUUGGCCACUGGUACGAUGUCGCCAGAUAUCCCAUCGAAUCUCAGUUUGGCACCUGCCCGCGAGCAGAGUACUCUCUUGUUGAUGGCGUUGUCACCAUUAGGAACACAAUGGUUGUCAACGAAACUCUGAGGGUACAGAAUGCUAUCGCUCGCCUUUCAGCUACGGGCACUGGACUCCUUGCUGUUACAGUUGUGUUGGAAAACGGAGAGGAAUCUGUACUGCCAACCUAUAUCCUUGGCACUGACUACACUUACUCCCUAGUUUACGCCUGUCGUAACCUAGGCGAUGGUACUAGUAGAGUCUACAGUUGGAAACUGAGCAGAACCCCGGUCCUGACUGUUGAAGCAAAUAAUGCCAUCAACACCAUCAUCAGCAACGUCCAGGGUCUGCUCGGAGAUUAUUACCAGACACAAACCCACACAGACCAGGACUGCUUCUACCUACCAGAACCAGUACCUGGAGAAUCUGUGUUGUUCCCUGGAGCCUGCGCAGAAGUAACUGGCAUGCAGGGAUUCGAAGCUUCUCUGUACCUAGGCUGGUGGCAUGAGAUCGAACGCUACCCCUCCGAAGGCUCCCCGGGCCAGUGCACCAGCGCCACCUUCGCGCAAGCAAGCGACGGCGCGUACAACGUCAUCGAGACCAGCGUUUACGAUAACGUGGCCAAUGAGACCACAAGCAGCGCCGUCAUCACUCAGAAUGGACUCAUCACGGUCACUAGAGAUGGAGCCACUACUCAAUGGACUGUGCUCGGUACGGACUACAACACGUAUUCGCUUCUCUAUUCUUGCGAGAAUGUGCUGACUGAAUCGGGUACAUAUCGGCGAGUAUGGAGUGCUAAACACAGCAAAGCUCGCGAUCUAACUGCCGCAGCCACAGCUGCCAUGCAGCCCCUUAUUGAAGCCAACCCAGUCCUGCACGAUCAGUUCUAUGAGGCUGUCGACCAAUCCGAUGCAACCUGCUUCCACUAUAGGGAUGACGCUAGUACACAAGUUAUCUUAAGUGGCCAAUGCGAUACCAGUAUCCCUGUGCAAGCAAACUUCGAUAUAUCGCAAUUCUCAGGUACAUGGUAUCACAUUGAAAGAUACCCUUACACAGCCAAUAACGACGGCCAAUGCAUCGGAACUAGGUUAGAAGUUGAUGGUGACAGCGUCUCAGUGCAGCACUGGGAAGUUCACGACGAAACUCUUCAUGUUAGAGAAGGCACUGCUACUGUCAACGGUGCUACGGUCACAGUCAGAUUACCUGUUGAAGGCAGUGAAGAAUCUGUGCCUGUGGAAGUCCUCAUUCUAACAACGGACUAUGAAGGAUAUGCUUUGGCAUAUACUUGCACUAAUAUCAAUUCCUUCCAGAGAAUAGUCGGUGCGUUCAAGCUGAGUCGCGCCCGCACACUAAACAAUGAAGCCCGAUACGCCAUCGAGACCUACAUGGGCACGAGGGAAGAACUCCACCAACCCUACUUCAUCAGCAUCUCGCAACACGACGACUGCGAUGAACCCAGCUCCGCCCUUCUCGUCAAGAGCAGUAUUAUUGUCAUGCUAGUCUCCGUAUUCCUACAUUUAGUCAUGUCGACAGGCGCCUUCUCCUUAACACCGAGGGCGGCCCUAGAUGCACUGCUGGACAUUAUACCACUCCAUCUGCAGGUGCAAAAGGAGGCCAAGCAGUGCGUCUACAGAAUAUGCACGCUAAAUAGGCCAAAAUGGCGCUCUCAAGCAUUAGACAAACUAAAGGCCUGGGUUUUUGCAAAUACAACCCUUAUCAUGCCCACUGAUGACACGCACACCGAAUGUCAGUUCACCAAACUAGAAAUACCUCCUAGAGACAAAUGGACUAACAACCAAAUGUACGUCGAAGAGGGAAGCCACAUCUGGUACACGGAUGGUUCACAGAAAGGAAAUGAUGUAGGAUGUGGGAUCUAUGGUGAGAGACCUAAGCUCAGAGCUAGCGUCAGCAUGGGCACAAAGACCUCAAUCUUCAAGGCAGAAGUCUUCGCCAUCAACAAAUUGGUGGGUUCAUUAGUGAGCGGGAACAAUAAUGAUCUCAUGAUGUUGACAUUAAUAAUAGGUUUUAGUAUUUUAGGUCUGUUAGGAACUAGUGCUCAAAUUAUCCAGGAUGGACAGUGUAACCCGGAUAUUACUGUACAAGCAGGCUUCAAUAUUGACAAUUUCCUUGGCACCUGGUACGAAGUUUCCAGAACUGACAAUCCCCAGCAAGUCGGAGACUGUUCUCGGCUUAGCCUGACCAGUGAUGAAGGCGUGAUUAGCAUCAGUUAUGAGUCCGUGAACCGGAACUUUUAUGAGGAGAUCAAUGGCACCGUCAGCCAGGAAGAGGGGAACGCUAAACUAUCUCUUAACUUAAAUGGAUUAUCUGAGCCUGUCGAUUUUUGGGUUCUGAUGACGGACCAUUCCACUUACGCUCUCACUUACCAAUGUGUCAACAUAAACGCAAAUCAAAGAGCUGUAUACAUCUGGCAACUGGGCAGGGGCCAAACAUUCACUGAAAUAUUCCUUGCUCUGAUGAACACUAGCCUGAAUAAUCUUGUCGGCAUCACCUUAGCUGAACUAAGAUCCACGGAUUUCGGCGAAGAAGCCUGUUACGAGCUACCCGUGAUCGAAGAGAACCAACCCAUUCUGCUUCCUGGGCAAUGUGAUUCGACCAUACCCGUUGUAGACUCUUUAGAUGUUGAAAGAUUCACCGGAUUGUGGCACGAAAUAUCAAGCUACCACUCUGAUAGCGCCCUCGGAACCUGUGCCAGAGCUGAGUACACCCUGGAAGGUGGCGUGGUCAACGUUGUGAACAGUCAGGUGGUCAACCAGGGACUGGAAACUAUCACGGGAACGGCGACGGUUAUAGAUGCCAACGGUGGCGGGAAAUUGUCGGUGACUUUGGAGGUAGCUCCUGGUGUAUUUGCAGAUCAAGAACUUUGGGUAUUAGCCACAGAUUACUCCGAUUAUGCAAUAUUGUACAGUUGCAUUGACCAGCCAAAUAACCAGAAACGAGUGUACAGUUGGAUAACCAGCCGAACGAGAGUACAAACCGAUGCCGCCCGGGCAGUUGUCACAGAAGUGGUGGACUCGAUUAUGGACCUUAACAACGCGUAUUACGACCUAACCGACCAAACGGACGACGGGUGUUUCUACUACCCUGACCAUGUGGUCGACCAGCCCGUGGUCUUCAGAGGCUCUUGCGAUAUGAACAUACCUGCUAUGGCUAAUUUUGAUGCUGAAAGAUAUAUGGGAUUAUGGCACGAAAUCGAAUCAUAUCCUUCCGUCUUCCAAACUGGCACUUGCAAUAAUGCGAGGUACACACUAGACGCGGAGCUUGGCAUCGUCGAUGUAUUCAAUACUCAAGUUAUUGACCAAGCCCUGGAUACCAUUCGCGGAAUCGCCACCGUAGCACCCGAUGCAGAUGGUACUGGAAAGCUGAUUGUCUCGUUUCCAAUUGCUGGAACACCGUUGACAACUUCAACUGACUACUGGGUGUUGGAUACCGACUAUGACAACUACGCUAUAGUUUAUACUUGCUACAACAUUGACCCCGACACAAGAGGAGUAUGGAGUUGGAAGCUCAGCCGAUCCAAAGAGCUAUCAGCCGAGGCCAAUACAGCGAUCAAUACAGUAAUUGCUUCAAUAACUGUUUUGGACGAUCGUUAUUACCAAACGAGAGAUCAAAGCGCCGAUGGAUGCUUCUACUAUCCCGUACCCGAGCUUGGCGUUCCUGUGGUCUUCCCGGGACAAUGCGAUGACGGAAUCGCUGCUGUUCCUAACUUUAAUUUGUACGCUUUCCAAGGAGUUUGGCACGAGAUUGAAAGUUAUCCGAAGAUCGAACAAACCGGAGAGUGCAUCAGCCAUGAUUUCACGCAAGGCACGGGCACAACGUUAAAUCUUCAGUCUUCACAAAUUAUUGACCAGUUCCUGGCAAUUUCCUCAGGGAAUGUAGCUUUUACUUCUAAUGAUGGAAGUGCCAGAUUGGUAAUAACUAUAGUCUCAGAUGGUCAGGUUAUUGAAAUUCCUUAUUGGAUCCUGAACACUGAUUACACUGGCCAUGCAUUGGCUUACAGCUGUGUGAACAUUAAUAGCGAUUAUAGAGGAAUAUGGAGCUGGAAGCUUAGCCGAAUAAAGGAGCUCUCUUCAUCGGCUAGCACAAUCAUCGAUGAAGCUAUAUCCAACAUUGACGUGCUUGGCAACGACUAUUAUGAAGGCGUGGACCAAUCAGAUCCAGCCUGCUUCUACCUGCCUGACCUGGAGCCUGGCGAGCCUGUUGUGAUCGUUGGACAGUGUCAGGCUAACAUUCCUGUUGUACAAAACUUUAACGCUGAUAUGUUCGCCGGCCGCUGGCGUCUAAUAGACAGCUACCCGGUCGACUCCUCAACCGGAACAUGUGACGAUACGACAUACACAGUUGACGGAGAAUAUCUGCGUGUAGUCCACACUCAGGUCAUCAACGAACGACUGGACACCAGCCAAGGGUACGCUAAUCUAGUGGCAAUUGGCAAUGAAGGGAAAUUCUUAGUUACUUAUCCUGAUGCUGACCCGAUUGAAUAUUGGGUACUUGAUACAGACUACACCUCAUUUGCAAUUAUGUACGCCUGUGAAAAUAUAGACAGUGAAUGGAGACGAGUAUGGAGUUGGAAGAUGAGUCGCACCACAGAACUAACGGAGGCAGCUGUGACUAGCAUUAACCAGAUAAUCGAUAGCGUCGACGUCCUGAACAACCGCUACUACCAAGAGGUGGAUAACACUGACGCCGGCUGUUUCUACUACCCCUACGCCGAUGGCAACCCCGUCGAGUUCAGGGGCCAGUGCAAUGAGAGCAUCCCUGUUGUGACUAAUUUCAAUGUUGAUAGGUACAUGGGUCUGUGGUACGAUAUCGAGAGCUAUCCUCAAGAGUUCCAAGACAGAACCUGCGCAACCGCCACCUACACGCUUAAUGGCGUCGUGGAGGUAUACAACACUCAAGUCGUUAAUGAAACUUUGGACUACAUCUAUGGAAGCGCUGUGCCCGACAACGACGAUGGGUUAGCUAAGUUGCUUGUGACUUUCCCUAUCGCUGGAACUGACUCUUAUAUUACCUCUCCAUACUGGGUGCUGGAUACGGAUUAUGAUAAUUAUGCAUUAGUCUACGCAUGUAUCAACCUCGGUUCCGACUCUCGCGCAGUAUCAAGUUGGAAGCUCAGCAGACAGAAGACCUUAUCAGCGGCAUCAGAAACUGCAAUCAGCGCAGUAUUAGACAGCGUCCAAGUACUCAGCCAGGAAUAUUUCGUGACAAGAGACCACACUGAUGAUGGGUGCUUCUACUACCCCGAACCGGAGACAGGCAAGCGUGUGGUGUUCCCGGGACAGUGCGAUGAGAGUAUCCAAGCGGAGCCGGAAUUUAAUUUGGAUCGAUUCUCAGGACUAUGGCACGAAACAGCCGCCUACCCCAAAGAAGAAUCGGAGGGUCAUUGUAUCAACUACGAGUUCACGACUACGACUGCAGAUUCUUUCAGUCUGUACACAACUCAAGUCAUUGGUCUAGAUCUGGAUGAGACUAACGCGACCGUAGUAAGGACGUCUACUGACAACAGCGCUAAAUUCACUAUUACUCUUACAUCUGAUGGCAACAAUAUCGAGAUUCCUUAUUGGAUUUUGGCAACUGACUACGACAACUAUGCUCUAACGUAUAGCUGCAAGAACAUCGAUUCUAACUAUAGAGAAGUAUACAGUUGGAAAUUAAGUCGCACUAAGGAAAUGUCAGAAGCAUCAGAAAACGCCGUCAGCGCGGCCAUGUCGGGCAUUCAAGUCUUAGAUGAGCGCUACUACGAAUUGACCAGCCAAAGCGAUUAUUCCUGCUUCUACCUGCCUGUGCUGGCCCCAGAGGACCCUGUCAUCUUCGUUGGACAAUGCGACCCUAAUAUUCAAGUCGUUCAGAAUUUCGAUCCGACGAGGUACGAAGGUCGCUGGCGCCUCAUCGCGAGCUACGCUUCAGAAUUCCAAACUGGCACCUGUAACGACGCCACGUACACCGUUCAGAACGAUGGCUCCGUCUUAGUUUACAACACGCAAGUCAUCAACGAGGCUCUGGACACUAUCACCGGUUCAGCUGUGCUAGCCACUGCUGACGGCUCUGGAAAGCUACUUGUGACCUUCCCUGGAGCGCCUGAACCCGUCGAGUACUGGAUUUUGGACACUGACUAUGAGUCAUACGCGUUGGUCUACAGUUGCGUCAAUCUGAAUAGCGAUCAAAGACGAGUAUGGAGUUGGAAGAUGAGUCGCACCACAGAACUAACGGAGGCAGCUGUGACUAGCAUUAACCAGAUAAUCGAUAGCGUCGACGUCCUGAACAACCGCUACUACCAAGAGGUGGAUAACACUGACGCCGGCUGUUUCUACUACCCCUACGCCGAUGGCAACCCCGUCGAGUUCAGGGGCCAGUGCAAUGAGAGCAUCCCUGUUGUGACUAAUUUCAAUGUUGAUAGGUACAUGGGUCUGUGGUACGAUAUCGAGAGCUAUCCUCAAGAGUUUCAAGAUGGAACCUGCGCAUCUGCCACCUACAGGCUUAACGGUGUCGUGGAGGUAUACAACACUCAAGUCGUUAAUGAAACUUUGGACUACAUCUAUGGAAGCGCUGUGCUCGACAACGACGAUGGGUUAGCUAAGUUGCUUGUGACUUUCCCUAUCGCUGGAACUGACUCUUAUAUUACCUCUCCAUACUGGGUGCUGGAUACGGAUUAUGAUAAUUAUGCAUUAGUCUACGCAUGUAUCAACCUCGGUUCCGACUCUCGCGCAGUAUCAAGUUGGAAGCUCAGCAGACAGAAGACCUUAUCAGCGGCAUCAGAAACUGCAAUCAGCGCAGUAUUAGACAGCGUCCAAGUACUCAGCCAGGAAUAUUUCGUGACAAGAGACCACACUGAUGAUGGGUGCUUCUACUACCCCGAACCGGAGACAGGCAAGCGUGUGGUGUUCCCGGGACAGUGCGAUGAGAGUAUCCAAGCGGAGCCGGAAUUUAAUUUGGAUCGAUUCUCAGGACUAUGGCACGAAACAGCCGCCUACCCCAAAGAAGAAUCGGAGGGUCAUUGUAUCAACUACGAGUUCACGACUACGACUGCAGAUUCUUUCAGUCUGUACACAACUCAAGUCAUUGGUCUAGAUCUGGAUGAGACUAACGCGACCGUAGUAAGGACGUCUACUGACAACAGCGCUAAAUUCACUAUUACUCUUACAUCUGAUGGCAACAAUAUCGAGAUUCCUUAUUGGAUUUUGGCAACAGACUACGAUAACUAUGCUCUAGCGUAUAGCUGCAAGAACAUCGAUUCCAACUAUAGAGAAGUAUACAGUUGGAAAUUAAGCCGCACUAAGGAAAUGUCAGAAGCAGCAGAAAACGCCGUUAGCGCGGCCAUGUCGGGCAUUGAAGUCCUAGACGAGCGCUACUACGAAUUGACCAGCCAAAGCGAUUAUUCCUGCUUCUACCUGCCCGUGCUGGCCCCAGAGGACCCUGUCGUCUUCGUUGGACAAUGUGACCCUAAUAUUCAAGUCGUUCAGAAUUUCGUUCCGACGAGGUAUGAAGGUCGCUGGCGCCUCAUCGAGAGCUAUGCUUCAGAAUUCCAAGAUGGUACCUGCAAUGACGCUACGUACACCAUUCAGAGCGAUGGCUCCGUCUUAGUUUACAACACGCAAGUCAUCGACGAGGCCUUGGACACUAUCACCGGUUCUGCUGUGCUAGCUACCGUUGACGGCUCUGGAAAGCUACUUGUGACCUUCCCUGGAGCACCGGAACCCGUGGAGUACUGGAUUUUGGAUACAGACUAUGAGUCAUACGCGUUGGUUUACAGUUGCGUCAACCUGAACAGCGAUCAAAGACGAGUAUGGAGUUGGAAACUCAGUCGAUACACCAGCCUGACCGACGCCGCCGUGGCCGCGAUCGAGAACAUCGUCGGCUCCGUGAACGUUCUCGCCGACCGCUACUACUCGACGAUGGACCACUCGGCCGCCGGUUGCUUCUACUUCCCGGUGCCUGACGGCAACCCAGUGACGUUCCGUGGCGAGUGUGAUGACAGCGUCAGGGUUGUUGAAAACUUCGACAUAGAGAGGUAUAUGGGCCUCUGGUACGACAUCGAGAGCUACCCUCAGGCGUUCCAAGACGGCACGUGUGCCACCGCCACCUACACCCGUACAGGCGAUGGCGUGCUUGUGUAUAACACGCAAGUCGUCGAGCAACUUCUGGAUAACAUGAACGCUACAGCUGUGCCCGCGGCCGACGACGGUCUCGCGAAGUUCAUCGUCACCUUCCCUGUACCUGGUACUGACUUGACAGUGGACGCACCAUAUUGGGUUUUGGAUACUGACUACGACAGCUACGCUCUCGUCUACUCGUGCAGUCAAAUAAAUGAUGAAUACAGAAAUGUAUCCAGUUGGAAACUCAGCCGCUCACAAGAACUAACACCGGCUGCCCAGACUGCCAUUAACGCUGUAAUAGACAACGUGCAGGUGCUAGCCGACCAGUACUACAACCCGCGAGGCCACACUGAAGAAGAGUGCUUCUAUUACCCUGACAACUUCGGGGGACCGGUAUUGCUGAACGGACAGUGCGAGGCACAAAAUGUUGUACAAAACUUUAAUCUCAAUUUGUUUGCUGGCACAUGGCACGAAACAGCACGCUUCCCAUCUGACUAUCAAACCGGUGAAUGCGCCACCAACGAGUUUGUCGUCAACCAGAACUCCUUCGUAUGGACUCAGACCAUAGUGUAUAAUGAAAGGUUGACCACGGUGUCCGGACCAGCGGUUGUAGCUAGCGAUGGAAGUGGUAUUAUUACUGCUACAUUACAGAAUGAUGAAGGAGUCUCCGUUGAAGUGACGCUUUACGUCUUGGACACCGACUACACGGAAUACGCGUUGCUAUUUAGUUGUGUGGAUAUAGACGACACUAGCAAACAAAUUUACAGUUGGAAAAUGAGUCGCUCCAGAUCUGGUCUCUCUCAAUCAGCCAACGACGCCAUAGAUGAAGUGGUCAAUAGAAACGUGGACCUUCACGAGAAUUACUACGAACUCACUGAUCAGAGCAAUGAUGGCUGCUUCCACUAUCCAGUCUUUGACGAACCACCUUCAGCUAUCGUGUUACCAGGUCCUUGCGAUGAAAGGAUUCAGGCCAAAGCCGACUUUGAAGUGAAUGCUUACCUCGGAAGAUGGUUCGAAGUAUCCAAAUACCCGCAAAGGGAUCAAGUUGGUGAAUGCUCCCGAGCGCACUACAGCCCUGGGCAAGGUGAUGCCCCAGUAGAUGUGAGGAACACAAUCGUCUACAACCAGACCCUGGAGACCAGGGAGGGAACGGCAGUGCUACACAGCACUGAUGGAAGCGGUCUUUUGUGGGUCACAUUCGUUCUUGGUGAUGGAGUGGUCGUGGAAAGUAACUACUAUGUUCUCGAAACCGACUACACAAGUUUCGCCCUCGUCUACAGCUGCAGGGACUUAGACAAUGGCGACAGUGAAGUAUACAGCUGGAAGCUCAGCAGAGAGCAGACGCUCAGCGACGCAAGCAACAACAUUAUCGAUGACGUCAUCAGGAACACAAGAGGUCUCUUAGAAGAUUACUACGUACCGACCAGCCAAAGUGACGAGGACUGCUUCUACGUGCCCGAACUGAAUGAAAACGCUGCACUGCACUUUAGGGGACAAUGUGAAAGUGUCUCCGGUGUAGAAGGAUUCGAUGUGUCUCGGUACGCGGGCUGGUGGCACGAGAUUGAGCGGUUCCCCACGGACGGUAACCCUGGCGAUUGUACCAGCUCUCAAUACACCAGCGUCGGCAACACCAUUCAAGUGGUCGAUACCAGUGUGUUCGACCUCACGGGACAGAUCACCACCGGAACUGUCGUAGCUAGCAGCAAUGGCGUCCUAACCAGGACCCUGAGCAAUGGACAAGUCGAAGAAUUGGUUGUUUUGGCAACGGAUUACGAGACGUAUUCGCUGUUGUACUCCUGUUCCAAUAAUGACGAUGGAGAAUACAGGCGAGUAUGGAGCGCUAAACACAGCAAGCAGCAAGAACUGACAGAAGCAGCAGAAACCGCGAUGGCGCCUAUAAUUGAAGCCAACCAAGUGCUAUACCCGCAAUUCUACCUGACGGUUGAUCAGUCUGACGACGCUUGUUUCCAUUAUCCUGAAGCGUCGGGCGAAAAGGUCAUACUUCGCGGACAGUGUGAUGACGACAUACCAACUGUUCCGGACUUUGACGUGCCUGCGUACACUGGCGACUGGUACCUCAUCGAACAAUACCCCAACCCUCACGUCUCCGAUGCCGGCACGUGCGUUGGCGCUCGCUACACGUACGACUUCGAGACGGAAGAGAUCUCGGUUCUCCACUGGGAGGUCGUGGGAGGAGACCUUACCUCGAUUAAUGGUACCGCGAGGACUGAUGGCGCGAACAUGAUUAUAACUAUGGCGGUCGCGGACAGCGAUGACACUACAACAACAGAGUUGAAAAUCCUGCAGACGGACUACGCCUCUUACUCCUUGGCGUACACUUGCACUAACGUUAACCAGUUCCAACGCGAAGUGACUGCCUUCAAGUUCAGCAGAACGCGCUCCUUACCAGCGAGCGCUGUAACUGCCAUCACCUCUUAUAUGGCGACACGACAAGAGCUUGACCAACGGUACUUCAUCUCGGUGGAACAAGACGAAGACUGCCUCGAACCCAGCUCCGCGCUUUUGGCCCGCGGCAGUUUUCUAGUUUUACUAGUUUGCGCUGUUUUGCAAAUGUUCAUGUAAUUUAUAAGUGGGAGAAGCGAGAAAUC